UAGUCCCCUGCGGGCAGCAUCCGCCCCGAAAAGCCGCCCUGCUGCUGCGGAGGCUGCGGCGGCUGCAUUUGUCCUGGAGCCGCUCCUGGGCUUCCAGGGAGACCAGGGUUGGACGUGGGCUGAAGACAAAGGAAGAGAGAGAGAGCGUUUGGGCUUCCUUUCUGUUUGUAUUCGCGUAGGUAGCCGCUGGGUGUGCUGCCCUAAAAGCGCCUGGGAAAAGUAUCCGAUGAAACGAGUUGAAUUGACCAAAGCAAUGGUUAUGGAGAAGCCUAGUCCCCUGCUGGUCGGGCGGGAAUUCGUGAGACAGUAUUACACUCUGCUGAACCAGGCCCCAGACAUGCUGCACAGGUUUUAUGGAAAGAACUCUUCUUAUGUCCACGGGGGAUUGGAUUCAAAUGGAAAGCCAGCAGAUGCAGUCUAUGGACAGAAAGAAAUCCAUAGGAAAGUGAUGUCACAAAACUUCACCAAUUGCCACACUAAGAUUCGCCAUGUUGAUGCUCAUGCCACUUUGAAUGAUGGUGUAGUGGUCCAGGUGAUGGGAUUGCUCUCCAAUAACAACCAGGCUUUGAGGAGAUUCAUGCAGACAUUUGUCCUUGCUCCUGAGGGCUCUGUUGCAAAUAAGUUCUAUGUUCACAACGAUAUCUUCAGAUACCAAGAUGAGGUCUUUGGUGGCUUUGUCACUGAACCUCAGGAGGAAUCUGAGGAAGAAGUAGAGGAACCUGAAGAAAGACAGCAAACACCAGAAGUGGUACCUGAUGAUGGUGGAACUUUCUAUGAUCAGGCUGUCAGCAAUGACUUGGAAGAACAUUUAGAGGAACCUGUUGCUGAACCUGAGCCUGAUCCUGAACCAGAACCGGAGCAAGAACCUGUAUCUGAAAUCCAAGAGGAGAAGUGUGAGCCAGUAUUGGAGGAAACUGCUCCUGAGGAUGCUCAGAAGAGUUCUUCCCCAGCACCCACAGACAUCGCUCAGACAGCGCAGGAAGACUUGAGGACAUUUUCUUGGGCAUCUGUGACCAGUAAGAACCUUCCACCCAGUGGUGCUGUUCCGGUUACUGGGAUACCACCUCAUGUUGUUAAAGUACCAGCUUCACAGCCUCGCCCAGAGUCUAAGCCUGAAUCUCAGAUUCCACCGCAGAGGCCUCAGAGGGAUCAAAGAGUUCGAGAACAACGGAUAAAUAUCCCUCCCCAGAGGGGACCUAGACCAAUCCGUGAGGCUGGUGAGCAAGGUGAUGUUGAACCCCGAAGAAUCGUGAGACACCCUGACAGUCACCAACUCUUCAUUGGCAAUCUGCCUCAUGAGGUCGACAAAUCAGAGCUUAAAGAUUUCUUUCAAAAUUAUGGGAAUGUGGUGGAGCUGCGCAUUAACAGUGGUGGGAAAUUACCCAAUUUUGGUUUUGUUGUGUUUGAUGAUUCUGAGCCUGUCCAAAAGGUUCUUAGCAACAGGCCCAUCAUGUUCAGGGGUGAAGUCCGUCUGAAUGUGGAAGAGAAGAAGAAUCGAGCUGCCCGGGAAGGAGACCGACGAGAUAACCGCCUGCGGGGACCUGGAGGCCCUCGAGGUGGGCUGGGUGGCGGAAUGAGAGGCCCUCCCCGAGGAGGCAUGGUGCAGAAACCAGGAUUUGGAAUGGGAAGGGGAAUUGCUCCAAGGCAGUGAAGUGCUCUUCACUGAUUGAUCUUCACGCAGCAGUACAAACCCUGUUCCUGCAGAAUGGUGAUUUCUUCAACCAUCCUUUGGUAUCUUGCAGUAUGACCCUGGUCUCUUAUAAACUGCUUAAGUUUGUACAAUUUUACUUUUUGUGUUAAUGGUGUGUGUGCCCUCCCUUUCUCUUUUCUCUCCUCACCUAUUAUUCCUUCACUUCCAAUUUUGUGGAAUGAUAUUUUAGGAAAAAUGGAUUUUUAAAGAAGAAAAGAAAAAAAAGACUGAAUUUUCUUGCUUUACUUUGCAUAUACAGACUGGAUUUUUUUUUUUUUUUUUUUUAAACAGCCAUUUCCCCAAAGGAAUGUGUUGCUUAUUACUGACAUUUGGUAUGUUUCAUUCGUGGGAUAUUUCUUACUUAUUUUCUACAUGUUUCAAAAGCCUUUGAGAAAUACAGGAUUUGAUAAACAUUUUGAAGGCAGGAAAACCCCCAAAAUUGUUUCCUUUGAGAGUCAUGACUACCUUCUGGUGUGGAGAAACUGCCAUUGGAAAAUUUAACAAUUUUGAUUCUCUCUGAUAUGGAUAAAAACUGAAUAAAAGAUGUUAGUGAAGUUUUUUCUUUUGAUAUGUGAUCACAAAACAAUUAUAAAAUCCACUCUUCUUACUGUUGAAAUUUAAAUUGUGAGAUACGUUUUAAAUGUCUAGAAUGCAACUGAUGUACUCUUCUUAAAUUAUUAGGGGUUAUUUUGGAGUAGAAUUUAUUUUUAUGUUUAAUUUGUAUUUGUUAACAACAGAAAAAAAGACAACACCCUCCCGCCACAAUCCGAAUAACACAAAACCAGAGCAAAACUGUUGUGCCUUCUAUUAUCUUUGAUUCCGGUCUUGGCAAUUGUUGAAAGAAAAAUGAUAAUAAUAAAAAAUCUAGAUUUUU